AUGUCCGGACAGAGUGCAUUCAACCAGUUCCCCAUCCCCCUGCCCGCCGGCACGGACUACACUAAGCAGUCCAUCCCGGUGCCCGGAACAGCGCGUCCUGGCCAGAGCGCCGUUUACCGCCAUGCCCAGUUCCCUCUCGUGACCCUCGACACGCCCGGAGUAUACACAAAUCUCAACGAGCUCUACGCGGAGGGCUUCCGGCUCGGCAAGGGCCGGCCAUUCCUCGGACACCGUCCAAUACUCUCCAAGAAGCCCCUCCAGUACGCGAACUAUCACGUCUGGCAGUCAUGGACGGAGGUCGACGCGCGGAGGCGCGCCGUGGGCAGCGCGAUGCACAAGAUGUUCCAGUCGGGGGAGCUAGGCGGCAGGGAGUUGGACACGGUCGGGAUUUGGAGCAAGAAUUGCCCCAACUGGCUGCUCGUCGACUUGGCCUUGCAAGCGUACGGGAAGGUCAGCGUGCCGUUGUAUGACACGCUCGGCGCGGACUCUGUCGAAUAUGUGAUCAACCACGCAGAGUUGACGGUCGUCUAUGCCUCGCCCGAACACAUCCCCUUCCUCCUGACAAUAGCUCCGAAACUGCCGACGCUCAGGUUGAUCAUCUCCAUUGAACCGCUCGAGGAUGAUGAGAAACGAGUUAUGGUCGCGUGGGGCAAGACCAGCAACAUCAAGGUUAAGGACAUUGCCGAAGUGGAGGAGUUCGGACGUGCCAACUUAAUCGACAUCAUUCCCGCUACGUCGAGCACGCUCGCAACUAUAUGCUACACCUCGGGUACUUCUGGUGUCCCCAAAGGUGUACUCUUGAGCCAUGGAAACAUGGCUGUCGCAGCCUACGCGUUCAUGCACCACAUCGACGUUCAGGGCGACCGGACUGCUAUGGCCUUCCUGCCACUCGCCCAUAUCUACGAGAGAAUUAUGGAGCUCUGCACCGUCGCGCUGGGCAAGCAGAUCGGGUACACGACGGGCGACCCGACGCGCUUCCUCGAGGACAUCCAGAUCCUCCGCCCGCACUUCGUCCCGCUCGUCCCGCGCGUGCUCAACCGCGUGUACCAAUCCGUCAUCGCCGCAGGCGACGCGCCCGGUGUCAAGGGCGCACUCUUCCGCCAGGCCGUCGCGGCGAAGCUGCACAACUUGCGCACCACCGGGCGGCUCACGCACGCGCUCUGGGACCGCCUCGUGUUCCGCAAGGUGCACGCGGUGCUCGGCGGGCGCGUCGCGAUCAUCGCGUGCGGGUCCGCGCCGUUCAGCGCGAACAUCGCCGAGUUCCUCAAGGUCGCGCUGCUUGCGGACGUGUGCGAGGGGUACGGCAUGACGGAGAACGCGGGGUGCUGCACGUCGACGUGGCCGAACGACCCGUCUGCGUGUGGCGUUGUUGGUGCGCCGCAGCCGUCCUCGGAGAUCAAGCUUGUAGACGUGCCCGAGCUUGGGUAUCGCGCGACGGACCAGCCGUUCCCUCGUGGGGAGCUCUGUAUGCGCGGCGGGCAGCGCUUCAUUGGGUACUACAAGGACCCUGAGAAGACCAAGGAGACGAUCGACGAGGAGGGGUGGCUGCACACUGGUGACAUCGCGACCUUGGACGACCACGGGCGCUUCAAGAUCAUCGACCGUGUCAAGAACAUUAUGAAGCUCGCGCAGGGCGAGUACGUCGCGCUCGAGCACGUCGAGAACGUGUACACGACCGCGCCGCUCGUCUCACAGCUCUUCAUCUACGGCGACUCGUUCAAGUCGUACCUCGUCGGCGUUGUCGUGCCCGAACCAGCGCAGGCGGCCGCCCUCAUCGCGCGCGUCACUGGCCAGCGGGUCGCCCCCGAGGACACUGAGACGCUUGAACGGCUUCUGCAGGACAAGCGCGUCGUGGACGCGGCGCUGGCGGAGCUGAACAAGGAGGUGAACGUACAGAAGCUGAAGGGCUUCGAGAAAGUGCGGCGUAUCCACGUAACGUUGGACGCGUUCACGAUCGAGAACAACUGCCUCACGCCGACGCUGAAGGUCCGCAGAAAGGAGACGUACGAGAAGUUCAAACCCUACAUCGACGCGUUGUAUGCGCUUCCGGACCCCACGGCCUCGAAGCUAUGA